AUGGGGCCGUGGGAUCUUCGGUUGUCAAUCUCCAUCGAGCCUGACCUAGGCCCAGGACGGGAAAGCCAUGCUGGCCAUAUUGUCAUAUGCAGGUACAGGUCCCAACUUCCUCCUUAUCUGGACAUGCAUUUUCAUGCACCCAGUCACGUACAAUUUGCCGGGGCUACCGCCGUCUUUGAGGGCUUUGUUUACCGCGUAUUUGCUCGCGCUACUCCGUUUCAGCCUUCACUCCCCUGCAUAAUCUGCAUAAUCCGAGAGUCCGUACUCCCGAGUCUCCGUCGUCAAUCUAACUCGCGAGCCGGCAUGAUCCCAUGA